GUUUUGAUUGAGAUUGUUGCCAUUUCGAACCGACCAUCCAUAUCCUAGCAGAAUAAACAUCAUCAUUCAAUGUUCAUCUUGGAUAGUUUGGUUCGAUUUGCAAAACGAUUCAUUAUCGUUGGAGCUACACAAUUUGCCAUACAGCAACAGCAAGCUUUGUCUUCACCUACCGGUAGUAGUGGUAAUGAUAAUGAUCAAAUCUCCAAAUCAUCAAUAAUCUCCCAUUCUUCAUCGUCGCCUUCUCCUUCUUCCCUUGUUCCACGUUCAUCAUCAUCACAAUCAUUAUUAGUGAAAAAUCCAACAAAACAAUCGGAAAACAAUAAUUUGAUAAUCACGACCAGUACCACCACAACCACCACUAAAAAUCGCUUCUACAAAGAAAUUAUUCGAACCACCACUAAACACCAUAAACAGAUUUUGAUUGACAAAUCACUGCAACAACAGAAUAGUCAAUUGCCUCGACGUUCAAGUCGAAUUCGUCAACGUCAACAAUUGAAAAGUUUAGUGAAAACCAAAUCAUCGAAAAUUUCCAAUUUGGUUCGAAAUAAAGCAGCCAAAUUGAAAGAUAUUUUGCAUUGUAAUAAUAGCAAUCAAAUUAAUUGUAAUGUCAAUGAUCGUCAUCAUCAUUGUCGACGUUUAAACAGUAUGGGAUAUCGUGCUUCAUAUGAUUCACAAACAUAUUCAUCAUCAACCAUGUCUGAUUACCAUCAUCAUCAUCAUCAUCAUCAUACAUCAUCUAAAUAUUCAUCAUCCUCAACAUCAUUAUCAUAUAAAAAUAAUCGUUCAGAUUAUUAUCGAAAUUCUCGUUAUCGAAAUAAUCAUUCUAGCCGCUAUGAUGACAGCGAUUCGGUGAAUAGGUAUCGAAUUAGCGAUAGAAAACGUCAGCAACAACAACAGCAACAAUCACCGCCAUCUUCAUAUAGACAACGACGACGACUAGAUGGCAGAUAUAAUCUAUACAAUAAUCAUGCAGAAUCGUUUGAAUCAUCACAGGAUUGUUGUGAUGCUAUCUCAUCUUCAUCACCCAUUUCCGAUUAUCACAAUAGACAUUCUAAUGAUUAUCGAUAUCGAAAUGAAAAACCAUCAAUGUCAAUAUCUCAACAACGAAAGUACCAUCGUCAUGAUGGACAAUAUUAUAAUGAUUCAAUCAAACAGUCAAUCAUUAGUCGGAGAAAACGACAUGAUGAUCAUACCAAUCAUGAUGAUGCUGCUUUCAGAUCCAAUAAAAGACGUAAAAUUUCCAAUGAUGGUUAUGAUAAUGGUCAUCAUCAUUAUUAUCGACAUCGUCGUAGUCGAUCGGAUCAUCGUCGCCAUCACCAUGCCAAUAACAACAAUCGACCACCACCAACAACACGACCGCAUGACGAUUAUAUUGAUCGAUCAUCAAGUUGUUCAUCAGUAUCAUCGCUACCAACAACAACGACAACAACAUCGAAAUCUUCAAAAUCCAAAUCAACAGAAACAUCAUCAUCGAUAUAUACACAUUCAUCAUCAUUAUCAAGAUCAAGAUCCACCACAACAACAGCACGAUCUUAUGAUAGAAGAAAAAGAAAACUCAACUCGGAAUCCGUUUCCGUUUGGUCUGAACGAACAAGUGAUGAAGAUCGAACUUCCAAACAACAAACGCAUCAUCAACAACAAAAAGGUGAUCAUCAUAGUCAUCGUAAAGGAAUUGUUGGCCAUAAUAAUAAUCACAGUAACAACAACUAUCAUCAAAAACAUCAUACCACUGAAAGCACAACCACAACCAUCGAAGAUGAUCAACAUGGACAUUUAAUCUACAAGAAUGGCGACAUACUUCAAGAUCGAUAUGAAAUCCUAGCUACACUUGGUGAAGGUACAUUUGGCAAAGUGGUUCGUGUUCGUAAUCUCAAAACUAACAAUGUUUUGGCUUUGAAAAUCAUUAAAAAUGUGGAUAAAUAUCGUGAAGCGGCAAUGUUUGAAAUUAAAGUCUUGCAAACCAUUGCCGAACGUGAUCCAAAAGGUCGAAAUCUUUGCGUACGAAUGUUUGAUUGGUUCGAUUAUCAUGGACAUAUUUGUAUAGCAUUCGAAAUGCUCGGUCUUUCUGUAUUUGAUUUUAUGAAGGACAACAAUUUUCAACCAUAUCCCAUCGAACAGAUUCGCCAUAUUGGCUAUCAAUUGAUAUUCUCUGUUAAAUUUUUACAUGAAAAUGAAUUGACUCAUACGGAUUUGAAACCGGAAAAUAUUUUGUUUCUCAAUUCCGAAUAUGAUGUCGAACUCACCAAAAAGCGUAAAGAAAUACGUAGAGUCAAAAAUACGGACAUUCGUUUGAUUGAUUUCGGUUCGGCCACAUUCGACUAUGAACAUCAUAGUAAAAUUGUUUCGACAAGACAUUAUCGAGCACCCGAAGUUAUACUCGAACUUGGCUGGAGCCAUCCCUGUGAUGUAUGGAGUAUUGGCUGUAUUCUAUUCGAACUAUACCAAGGAAUGACAUUGUUCCAGACACACGAUAAUCUUGAACAUUUAGCCAUGAUGGAACGUAUUCUCGGUCCUCUGCCCUAUCGUAUGAGUCGAAAAUCAAAGACCAGAUAUUUUUAUCAUGGAAAACUGAUGGAUUGGGAUGAACGAUCGGCCGCUGGCCGAUAUGUACGAGAGAAUUGUAAACCAUUGCAUCGUUACAUUCUUCAACCGGACAAUGAAGAUCAUCGUAAUCUAUUCGAUUUGAUAUCACAGCUAUUGGAAUAUGAACCCAAUAAUCGUCUCAGUCUUCAGGAUGCAUUGGAUCAUCCAUUCUUCAAACGUCUCCCAUCCAAAUAUCGGCUACAUGAUGAUGAUCACAGCGAUAAAAGAUAAUGCUUACCCAUUUAACUCAUUUCAUCCCUCAUUAUUGAUUGAUCGCAACUCAUUCUCAAUUCAAAAUGUGUCAAUUUGAAUUUUUUUUCAUUCGUCUUUCAUUCGCCACCUGAAACCAACUCAAUUCAUUCAAACACCCAAUGAGUUGUGAUGGAGAGCAAAAAAGCCAAGUUGUACAAACAUUUAUCUCCGGAUUUUUCUAUGAUUAGAUUUCAAAUUAAACAAAUCUUUUUUUUUCAUUAAAAAAAUAAAAUAACAAUGUUGCAA